UGGAGCUGGCGCGCAGGUCGCAUGGGGGAGUCUAUCCCGCUAGCCGCCCCGGUGCCGGUGGAACAGGCGGUGCUGGAGACGUUCUUCUCUCACCUGGGUAUCUUCUCUUACGACAAGGCCAAGGACAAUGUGGAGAAGGAACGAGAGGCCAACAAGAGCGCGGGGGGCAGCUGGCUGUCGCUGCUGGCGGCCUUGGCGCACCUGGCCGCGGCCGAGAAGGUCUAUCACAGCCUCACCUACCUGGGGCAGAAACUAGGGGGCCAGUCAUUCUUCAGCAGGAAGGACUCCAUCCGCACCAUCUACACUUCCCUGCAUAACGAACUGAAGAAGGUGGUGGCCGGCCGUGGUGCCCCGGGUGGAACGUCUCCUCACGUGGAGGAGCUUCUCCCCCACCUGUCAGAGCAGCUCUGUUUCUUUGUUCAGGCUCGGAUGGAAAUCACAGACUUCUAUGAGAAGAUGUACACCCUCAGCACGCAGAAGUUCAUCAACACCGACGAGCUGGUCAGCACCUUGGAUACCAUCCUCAAGAAGUACAGCUCUCGAUUUCACCACCCCAUCCUCAGCCCUCUGGAGAGCAGUUUCCAGCUGGAAGUGGGCGUGCUCAGUCAUCUCCUCAAGGCGCAGGCUCAGAUCUCGGAGUGGAAGUUCCUCCCUUCCCUGGUUACCUUGCACAACGCUCACACCAAGCUUCAGAGCUGGGGCCAGACCUUUGAGAAGCAGCGGGAGACCAAGAAGCAUCUGUUUGGAGGGCAGUCCCAGAAGGCCGUGCAGCCCCCACACCUCUUCCUCUGGCUCAUGAAACUCAAGACCAUGCUCUUGGCCAAGUUUAGCUUUUACUUCCACGAGGCGCUGAGCCGACAGACGACCACUUCAGAAAUGAAAGCGCUGACUGCCAAGGCGAACCCGGACCUCUUUGGAAAGAUCUCCAGUUUUAUCAGGAAAUACGACGCUGCCAACGUGUCCUUAAUUUUUGACAACCGGGGCUCCGAGAGCUUUCAGGGUCAUGGCUACCACCACCCACAUUCCUACCGAGAGGCCCCUAAGGGAGUGGACCAGUACCCCGCCGUGGUGUCUCUGCCCAGUGACAGGCCCGUCAUGCACUGGCCCAAUGUUAUCAUGAUCAUGACAGACAGAGCAUCCGACCUGAACAGCUUGGAGAAAGUGGUCCAUUUCUAUGAUGACAAAGUCCAGAGCACCUACUUCCUGACCCGCCCGGAACCCCACUUCACCAUCGUCAUCAUUUUUGAGUCAAAGAAAUCUGAGAGAGACUCCCAUUUUAUUUCCUUCCUCAACGAGCUCUCGCUUGCCCUUAAGAACCCCAAAGUGUUUGCAAGUCUGAAGCCUGGAUCCAAAGGUUAGCAGGAGCUUGCCCAAGGAUUCCCAAGACUGGACACAUUGUUCUUUGUUGAGUAGUUUGUGAUUUGAAUUUAUGUUAGCUCAUGCUUCUUUCAGAGCGGAGCUAAAGACAGAUCCUCCCUAAUCAUGUCGCACAGUUCAUUAGCAAUUAAGACCAAGGACGGAGUCUCCAAAGAGUAGUCUAGAAGAACCAUGGUGACUGAAUAAAUCACCAUGGUCCAGUGAAGGAGUAUCAGCAUUUUCUGAUUCCCUGUGUUCUAUGUUGAUUGAGUAUUUAUUGGUCUUUCAUUUCUCUUUCCAGAUUUUAUGUUGUUGUUACUAUUCUGACCUUUGUGCCCAGAAGCACUUGCUAACCUCUGUUCUCUCUCUCUGUCCCUGAGGAGAAGUGGGGAGAAGAUACCAGAUGGGGUUGUUUUCAGUUUCACAGACACUAGUACCAACCAGGUUUACUAAUUAUCUAGUUAGUAUUAUACUGCGAAUAGAAUCUUGGUGAGAAAUCUCUAUCAGGUUAUGAAGUGGGAGAUGACAGGUGGGUACUAGUCCUUACAGGAGUUUAACAGUCACAGGUCCUUUGUAGGUGACCUCCAGCUCCAUACGCAUCAGUCUUUACCUUUAAAGGGUUUGGAAGUCAACUGUCCAAGUCAACCCAAGCCAUCUUCAGGGUCUUAUUGUUGCUAGCCGGAUGUUACUUCUCUGCUGAACUGGGUUUGCAUCUGACUCCACGGCCCGUAUUCUCAGGUUUAGAAAGCACGCAGCCAUGUGUUUGUAACCGUGUCUUAGUUUCUCUCAUAGCACAGUUUAUGAAAUCAAAAUGACAGACUUAAUACUUUGUGCUUGCUACACAAACCAGUUCUGCUCCAUAGUCGGGUCGUCAGGUGAGUCCCGCAGCGCCUCUGGGCAUGGUUUCUUGCUUCUGGAGAUUAUGUUCAGAAGCAGCGCCAAGCUUCUCAGCACAGGUUACUCUGUCCUUCUCCUUCUGUGUGCUCACAGGAAAGCGGAUGGAAAGAAACCACCAGGAAGAAUUGAGCUGUUACUGCUGCUGGGUUCAUCCCUUGGAGCUCAUGUAAACAUUCUGGUCAGAUCCAUGCUUUCCUUGUGAUUGUGUGGAUCUGUCUGAUGGAUGUCCACAGAGGCUCCACAAGGCUCAGGCAGGGCCAUGGAGCCCUCCCAGGCCUCCUGGUCAAGUGUGGUCCACCUGUACCAGAGUCCACUUGCCAAUCAUCUGCAUCUCCCACUUUCAGAUAAACUUAAGCCAGUUGUCUUUAAACAGAGGGUAGUGAUUUACUCUGCAUUUUCUCCCGUUUCUAUUCAAAUAUGAACAAAUUUUAUAAUAUCUACCUUACAUUAAAAAAAAUUUGAAAACAUUAGGAAUUAAAAACCAAACCAUUUUUCUUCUUUUUGUGUUUGCUGAGAAACUGAAAAAUAAUCCUUGGUAUGUAUUUUUGGUUUUUUUCUGACUAAAACCACCAUUAGCCUUAAUGAUGUGGCUCCCCAGGUACCUAAAAGAAUAUAUAGGCUUCAGUAGACUAUGGAGGGAUGUAUAGAAAACAUAUAUAAAUAUAUAUUACUUAAAAUGGUCAAAUAUAUCAUAUUUGAAUUGUAUAUUUAUUUUUAAACAUAUUUUGAGUAAGAGGUAUUUACAAAGAACAGGAAGCAGAUUGAAUAUUAAGAAAAUCUAUGGCAACAGAAGCUCUUCAGUCCCUAUGCAGUGUCAGUAUCGGCGGAACCUCGAAGAUUAGUACUGACUCCUUAAUCAUUUCUC